AUGAAGACCGCUUCUGGCCAUUUUUGCCACCUGCAUACUCCCAACUACUCCUUCUACACGCCAACGCCGUUUCCUGCUCUUGAACAGCACGUUUUGCCGCCUCGCAAUCGACAGACGCUCGAGCACACACUCUCGGCGAGCAUAGUCUCCGUCGUUCGUAUCGGAUACGUCUUGCUGAUCGUAGCACCAGUGCAUCUGGUGGCCGCACUUCUUAGCCAUGCCACCUGGCCCAGGCAAAAGUGGAUGGACAAAGGAUGGGGUAGAGGAGUGUUUCCGACAAGGCUGCCGAGCUGGAACAUAGGCCAGACCAUAGCAGUUCCUUUGGUCGGCAGUUUGUUCUGGGCGUUGGUGUAUGGGACACCAAGAGGGAUGGGGUGGGAAGAGGAGUGUACGAUGCCGAUGGCGAGCAAGUGGCUGUUCGGAAGAGGUCAUGAGGGUUGGUGUAUCGAGGCUGAGGGUGUGACGCUGCCUCCUCUUCCCACUAGCUCAAGCAAGGACUUCAACCACGCAUCUACCAAUCAUAAUGAUGUUGUCAGCAUAAGGAAACGACACACGACCCAAAAUGGUGAUGCAAUCGAACACAGUCCAUACAAAGACUUUUUCCAACGAGCAGCAGAAGCAACAUCUCUACAUACCUCGACCGCUGCGGAUACGCUGAGCAGAGCGCCUUCGCCAGCACCCUACGACCCUGUCUCUGAAAAGAUUUCCAUCGACGUCCUGCGAGGGCUAGUCACUGGAUCGCAAUUUGGCAUCUACCCUUUCCCUGUCGCCGCGUUCUGGCAAUGGAAGUCGGUAGCAGCCGCCGUCUCACGCGGCAAGGUCAUCUCUGUUAAACCAGGCAACGAUGUCGCCGGCGUAGGCUCGGGACCUGCUCUCUCAGCCGAUGAACGAAUGGUGCUGUUCUUCGUUGGAGGCGGCUAUCACUCUGGACAUGCGCCUCAAGGGCCACUGUCGUGGACUGUAUGCCGUCAGACGUCCCUGCGAGUACUCGGAGUCAACUUUCGCAAGGCCACGAGUGAUUCACGAGCCUUUCCAGCUGCUCUGCAAGAUGCGCUCGCUGCGUGGGUUUACGUGACCAAACGGUUGAAGUUCAAGCCAGAAAAUGUGAUCCUGAUGGGCGACUCAGCGGGUGGAGGAUUGGCGCUGAGUUUGCAGCUCUAUCUGAGCUCUCACGUGUGGACAGGGACGUCGUUGGGCAGAGCGAAAAAACUCGUCCUACACAGUCCAAUGACUGACCUCACACUGUCUACCGACAGCUUCGAGCGUAAUAAUGGUGUCGAUAUCAUCUCGCCUUACAUGUGCUCUCUUGCAAGAGACAACUAUCUGCGUCACAUCAUUCCGGUGCAAGGGCGCUCGAACGCUCUGCUUCAAGACAUGACCACCGGAGAGCGAAACAUCGAUAAAGUGGCAGCAAGAUACGCCAUCGAUCCGUUCGAUCUGAGCCGUUCCGAUCGGCAGUCGAAACGUUUCCGUCACGAACUGCAGAGACUAGCACAGGACCUGCCAGAGACGAUCCUCGAAUUGGGCGCUUUCCACCCGCUGUUCUCCCUUGGCCUCGAUGCGAGACAAAACAAAUACCUAGCACAGUGCCUGUUGCUAUUCGAUGCACCACCUGCAUGCAAGGCUGAGGAAGAACAAGGGCAAGAGGAGGAGAAGGAGAAAGACAUGGAGAUCCUAAUUACAGCAGGAACAGCCGAGAUUUUUCACGACCAGAUCAAGCUGUUGGUUCGCAACCUGCUCGAUCUACAUCAGCAUGACGAACAGAAGCUAGCGAGUCGAGUUAGAGUAAGUCUAGUAGAGUGCAUAGAUUGGCACCACGUGUUUGCCUACAUGAACUUGCCCGGUCAGGUAAAAGCGCGCGUGGAUGACCUGGUAAAGACGUUCAUGCUCGCCUGA